AUGUUGAGCUUAUGGCGAUCAAGAUUCUUUCUUGCGGUUUGGGUCCUCAUUCCGGCGCUUGUGUCCGCGACUUGGGAUUGUCCAGAUCACGCAAGGAAGGCAGAUCCAAGAGCCCCUGAUGACGUCGCUUAUUGCUUCUGCGAACCCGGAUAUUUUGGAGACUUGCUUCUACCUGGUUCUUCUUGCCAGCCAUGCCCCGGAAAUUCUUCAUACUUUGGUAAUGAUACAUUGACGAUCGGUGCAUGCCAAUGGAACUCGACGUCAGAGAUCGGGUCGAGGUCCAUGGAGGAGUGCGAGUGCAAGGCGGGGUACUACGGAGAGGCUCGGAGGAACGGAGGGAAGGGUUGCCAGGCUUGUCCGCCGGGCGCCUACUCCCCGAGGGGAAGCCGCAACGCUAGCAGCUGCCGAUGCUCGGCAGGGACGACGUGGUUAGGGAGUGUCAACGGGUCCAUGGAGGAGUGCGAGUGCAAGGCGGGGUACUACGGAGAGGCUCGGAGGAACGGAGGGAAGGGUUGCCAGGCUUGUCCUAGUAAUUCUUCAUGCGGGGCAGGGACGUACCGGAGCGAGUCGGAGCAGAGCUGCACGGCGUGUCCAGGGAACUCGACGUCAGAGAUCGGGUCGAGGUCCAUGGAGGAGUGCGAGUGCAAGGCGGGGUACUACGGAGAGGCUCGGAGGAACGGAGGGAAGGGUUGCCAGGCUUGUCCUCCGGGCGCCUACUCCCCGAGGGGAAGCCGCAACGCUAGCAGCUGCCGAUGCUCGGCAGGGACGACGUGGUUAGGGAGUGUCAACGGGUCGGCGCUGGCAUGCCUGUGUCCGGAUAAUCAUUACGGCCCGGUGGAGCAUAGCACGGGGAUCGACGCCGGGGGCCCCUGCGAGUCAUGCGGGGCGGGGACGUACCGGAGCGAGUCGGAGCAGAGCUGCACGGCGUGUCCAGGGAACUCGACGUCAGAGAUCGGGUCGAGGUCCGUGGAGGAGUGCGAGUGCAAGGCGGGCUACUACGGAGAGGCUCGGAGGAACGGAGGGAAGGGUUGCCAGGCUUGUCCGCCGGGCGCCUACUCCCCGAGGGGAAGCCGCAACGCUAGCAGCUGCCGAUGCUCGGCAGGGACGACGUGGUUAGGGAGUGUCAACGGGUCCGUGGAGGAGUGCGAGUGCAAGGCGGGCUACUACGGAGAGGCUCGGAGGAACGGAGGGAAGGGUUGCCAGGCUUGUCCGCCGGGCGCCUACUCCCCGAGGGGAAGCCGCAACGCUAGCAGCUGCCGAUGCUCGGCAGGGACGACGUGGUUAGGGAGUGUCAACGGGUCGGCGCUGGCAUGCCUGUGUCCGGAUAAUCACUACGGC